AUGCGUACACUUGAUGUUCUUAUUCGUCUCGGAAACUUUAUUAAUAUUGAGCAUGCACGUGGUUGUGAAAUACCAAGUCAUAAUGAAAAAGAUUUUGCUGCUGCAAUUGAAUUAGCUCGAUCAUCUGAUAUUGUAUUUUUUUUCGGUGGAAUCGAUCAUACCCAGGUCGAUCAAAACGGUGUCGUUUACGACCCGAAAACGUAUUGUAAUUGUUAUAAAAACGGAUUCUUUUCGGCAACAAUUGGCAUCAAUACGUCUCAUUUUCGGCCCGUGUCGGUCCGUAUUAUCUGGCGCAGAAAUACGUACCGUAUUAUACCCGUAUCGUAA